AUGAAACCUCAAGAUUUUGUUGAUGCUAUUGUGAAGAAAGAAAAAAUUAAGAGCAACAAAACUAGACCUGAUCAAGCUAGUUAUGAUUCAAGCAAGAGAAAAUCGAGCGAUCACUUCGAUCCUGAUUACUCGAAGAGAUUCAGGAUCGAUGCUUCUGAUUCUAAAUUCUUGAAUAGCUCUAAUAAGAGAAGCAACUUCGAGUGUACUAGUUGCAGCAAGACAUUCCACUCUUACCAAGCUCUAGGAGGUCACAGAGCCAGCCAUAAAAAGAACAAAGGUUGCUUUGCGUCCGGAAUUAACAGCAGCACUGAAACUGCUGGUAGAAGUUCUGUCGAGCAUUUUAUCGAACACUGUGACAACACGACUGAGAGAGGUGUCAGGGCAAAGAAGAGGAGUGAAGGACAUCAAUGCUCAGUUUGUCUCAAGGUUUUCUCUUCAGGCCAAGCAUUGGGUGGUCACAAGAGAUCACAUUUAUUUUUCUGA